AUGGCACGUCAUGGUAGUACAGCCAAUGGCUUUAAGCCUGCGUCUUGGAACCAAGUCGCUCAAGCACUCCAAGGUUCUGAGCUAGUUAACGGCUUGAGGGCAAAGGACAAGGAUACCUGCAAAAGUCGCUGGCAGGCGCUUAAAAAGCUUUAUGUUAGCUUCCAAACGGUCGCCAGAAUGUUGGGUGCUGGUUGGGAUGAGACUUCAAAAAUGGUUAACCUUCCCCCCUUGGUAUGGAAAGACCUUGCGGAAAACAAAAGCUUGGCCGGCCGCGAUUUGUCACAAUGGGAGCAUCAAUCGUUAUCCCUAUAUCACAAACUGGGCGAGCUCAUCGAGGGGAACGUGGCCACCGGAGAACUCAUGGAAACCACAGAAGAUGGCCCUGCCAAGACCCAAAGAGAUGUUGGAAAUGUCAUUGAAGAUGUGGAAGGUGACAUUGACGACAAGGAUGACGCUAGCGAUCAAGAUUUGGCUGUCAUCCGAGGCCCCGUUCCCACCAUAACCCCUACGGCCAAACGCAAACAAGGAUCAGGCAUGUCGCCUGAAGUGCUUGUUAACAAACUCAAGCUGAUGGGUAGUAGCAUGGCGAGCCGUUGA